AUGCCUACUUCAACGUACAUUACCCUCGUGGUCAUCUACACAGUACAAGGAAUCAUUAUUAUCGUUGGAAACGCGUUCACUAUCUUCGUCUUUUGGACCCAGAGAUCCCGCCUAACGCGUACUUAUUUCCUUCUGGUCAACCUCGCAGUCGCUGAUUUUCUUGUGGGGAUUACAGAACUCAUUGUCAUAGGAACCGUGAAAUUUCAAGAUAUUGGAGAGGGCUACGCAGGCAGUGUAUUAAGACAGAGCCGAUCAAAUCCCUCAGCGGCAUUUUUUAUGCUUUUUUCGAGUUCGUCCGUUUAUUUUCUCGCCCUUGUCUCCUUGGAACGUGCUUUCGCCGUCUUGCGGCCAAUCCGUCAUCGCAUCACAAACAGUCGGGUUUACAUCUAUAGCAUCGUUAUUGUUUGGGUCGUCGGCCUUGUUUUCUUUGGUUUUACCGUAUUAUCCUUCCAUUUGUCAGAAUUGAAGGGGGAAUAUGUUUUGGUCGCGAGUAGGAUAUGCCUUCUUAUUUCCAUCUUGAUAAUUUGUACAAGUUACCUUAGCAUACGUACUCGAUUGCGAGCAACAUCAUCGGCCACGGUAGACAAUCAUAGGCAGGGAUCAAAGGAGCACAAUUUACGGCUUGCAAGAACACUUUAUAUCACAAUUGCUUCAUCGCUUGUGUUUUGGAUGCCUGGUUUUGUCGUCUACUCAACGAGAGGAUUCUGUCCUGAAUGCUUUUCUGCAUCACAGGUUUUUUGGCUCGUGGAUGCCAUGUAUAUGGCAAAUUCUAUGGUGAACCCUCUCGUCUACAGUUUCAGAAUGCAAAUUUUCAAAGACGCUUUAAACAAAUUCCGGGGAAAAAGACGACAGAACGUAAGACCAGUUGGGCAAAAUAGUUUGUGCUUUCGUCUGGAAGGUUCGUUUACUCAACACUUUCGACGACAAUGAUUUUACCUGCCAAAAACAGAGUUAUAACGCUGUCUGUACAUUACAGUUAAGUAAAAGCCGUGGUGACGAGAUCAUUAUUUGUAAAGCGAAACCUUUUGAAAGAGUUUCGCUAAAUGCGAAAAUCUCUCUGGUAAAAUACAUAAUCAAACGCGAGUGACUAUCGAGUGCUCCACCAACAACAUGGUUCAAAAAUAAUACUUAUAUAAUAUGAGAUUCGUUCAUCCCUAAUCACCUGUUGUAACCACUUGGUGGCUUGAAGGUUGCAUUUGAAUCACAGGCUUUCAGAUCGUGAAUCAUUUGAAGGAUUAAAGCUGGAGAAGAUACGGUUCUGACAUUCAAUUUGUUUUGUAAAAUACUUUUUUUUUGAAUAGCCCCAAACUUAAUAAAUAUGUCAGCUGUAUGUAGGUUUGUUUGUUUGUGUCAAGAAAAUUAAGGAAUAUUAGUUCUAAAACUUACUGGAAAGCGUAACUAUCAACUAAACGACUUCGCAUUGAGUCUAUAACGAAAGCACAUAGCUUGAAAGGAACUUAGAGCCAGCUUCAUGACGCGAGAUAAAGAUAAUAUCCUAUGCUGUUAAAUUUUAGCGCUGUUACCUUAUUCAAGAAAUUAUUGCUAUAAGUCGGCUUGAGUCCUUAAUAAAAAGAAAUAGGUUACAUUUUUCCUAAGUUCAAACAGUAAUCAAUUACAGAAAAAAAAAUAUUCUUCAGCACCAACAAUUUGUUGAAAGUUUAGCAGAGCUUUCAGAAAUCAUCCGGAUCCCCUUCAUCAGUGAUGACGUUUGCUGUUUUUCACAGCCCAGUUUUAAUGAGCCAAAAAAAUCUUACGGCACAGAAAUUAAAGUUCUCCAGUCGUACUUUAAUUUCAUAUCUACUAUUCGUUCUUGAAUCACUCGUCUCUCUUUUAUAUACCAGUAAUAGAUAACACUCUAUGUCCAAAGAAAGGACAGCCGAAAUAUACAGUCUUUGCUUUAGAUGCGAAUAAGACGUUGUGAAACCGGCUUUGCCCUCAGGGGCAGAUAUAAAUCGGCGUUUUAUCAUCAAUACUGCUUCUUCGUGGACAACUCAAACGACUCAUCCAUUAGCAAUUAUUGGUUUGGCUCUCGUAUGAUAAGAAGAAUUAGGCAGAUUGAGAAGGGGGUCAUCGUAUUCGAUCUGCUAUAUUUCCGACUUCAACAAAACAUGCCUAACUCCAUCUAUGUACGUAUACCAACUAUAUACAAAUUCCAUGUUUAGUUAAGGUAAAAAAACCACUGCAAAAACCGUGUACGAAUAAUCUUGCUCAAAGUCGGAUCCAUCUUCAUUACCUUACUCCUCUGUAGUCUAAGAUUAUGAACUUGAAGGAAUGUUCAUUCUGACGAAGAAUGAAUAACAGUACUUGAAUUGAAGCUUAUUGAGCUCUACUAAUUCGUAUGAACGGAAAUUUUAUCUUAAUUAUUUUCUACAAAGAAAUUAUAUUUCCGCUGGCAGAUCUUUUUUUCCAGUAGACAAAGUGAGUUACUGGAGUGGGAGAGCUUUACAAAUCAUGCUGUAUUGCAGUAAUUUGGUUUAAGUCAAAAAAGCACUAAUACGCCACAAAUUAAAGGCCAAAAUUGAUAAAUAGAAAAUGAGGGAGGCAAAUGAGAAAAAAAAAAUGCUGCUAAAUCUAGACUGGAAUUGAAUCUUUGUUAAACUUGAGGCAAACAUUUCAAAUGGUCAACAUGUUUUACUUUAACUAAUUUUUUGCCGUGUUAUAAAAUGAAUAUAGAACGUUUUGGGCUAGUUAUUUAAUCAACUGCGUUAGCAAAACAUAACGCAAUACUAAUAAUGCCUUAAGCUUUAAUAAAAAGUUGAUACCUCAGCAUUUGGCAUGGGCUUUGUAAAUAAGUAAUUUGAAAGGAGGCAGAUAAAUAAAACAAUUUAUAGCACUGUUGUAAGUGUUGCAGUGACAACCACAUUUUGGAUUUCUUGAAACAACUUUGAUGAGAUGAGUCCCAGGAGUUUUCCCUCCCGAAAAUCAUAAAAAUGUCUUAAAUUUCUCUCUUCCUCUCCCUUAAAUUUUAAUAAGAAUAUGGACACAAAAAUGACAAGUUUAUAUAGAACGAAAUAUGUAUAAUUACCUCUUAAAGAACAUCAGCAGAAUAAAUCGAUUAUAUGCACAAAAGGAAACUUAAAACAUAUAUUUUUUUAUGACAUGCCAAUUUCAUUUUGAAUUUUCUUGUAUAUAAUUGCUUUUCCAUUGCCAACCGUUUUCGUGUUCGCAAAUUGAAAAUGACAUAAUGCCCAGUAAUCAACCCGAAGAAUUCUGCUAUCACAUUAGAUGCAAAUAAAUAAGCGUCUCCUUUUACACUAGUACUGCUGCUAAGGAAAUGUCGAAAAAAAAGCUUAGGGGAGUAAUGAACGGACGAACGCCAGUCUACCAUCAGUAUUAUCGCCACAUAUGUUAAUUGCAUGUUAAUUUAGUCAAUUCGUUAAUAACUCAGCUAAGUAUCAAGUAUCUUCGACUUGAUUCGUCUCAACAAUACUAAUUCUGAACCUUGAACUGAGUUUUACAAAGAUUAGCGGGCCGUCCUUACUGCCUUCAUGUAGAAAUAUAUUUAUUUGGUGUACAAGAAAACAGGGUAUUUUAUACAGAGAAAUGAUAUAAGAACGAUAUUUUCUUGUGAUUGGUAAGUACAAUGUACUGGCCUUUUCAACCGUGCGCCAGUUGUUCCGAAUAAAGGGCGAAGCAACUGGCUGCUGAACGAGGAAAGACAUGCCUUCAUCCACGUCCAUUUCCUUCGUGGUCAUCUACGCGCAAACAUGUAAACACGUUUACAAUUGUCGUAUUCUGGAAUAAAAGAUCCUGCAUAAAACGAACUUAUUUUCUUUUGAUCAACCUCACAAUUGCAGCUUUGCUUGUAGGGAUCACAGAACUAACAGUGGUGGGAGCCUUCAAAUCUGAGGUAAUGCUAGAAAGUGACAUAGGUCACUCUCCACCAGAAGACACCAGCGUGGUUUCUAGCGCGGUAACGACCAGCUUGAUGAGGGUAUAAGGGUCUCUGAUCUUUGGCUGGAAAUCCGUUUAGUGAUAUGGUGCCCCAUUCGUGGAUUCUGAAAUGCUUAGAGAUGGUUGGAAUGGCCAUGAAUAUCAUUAUCAUGGCAGUCAGUCGGUUCGACUAAGACUGUUCUAGGUUUCAGCAAAGUUUGAUAAGUCUCCUCCAGAUAGGUAUGUCGUUGGCACUCUCCCGCCAUCGGUUGAGAUUGAUGUCACUCUCUCCAUUUCAUGUUUCUCUUCAACUGCAAUAUCUUUGAACCUUAAUCUAGGCCUCCCUUGAUUACGCAUUACCAAACAGAGUUGACAGCUGCAUAUUUUGUAGCAGCUAACAGCUUCUUUGGCAGUCUGUUAUUAUCCAUCCUAUGCACGUGACCCAGUCGUCUUAGAUUUUUCUCAAUGAGAAUAUCAGCCAUUGAUAGUAGUCCUGCAAGGCAGAGACGCUCCACAUUCGUUCAUUAUUACUUUUAGUUGUUUCAUCAUAUAUAGGCGAGGAACUAGUCCUUGUACGGCGUUUUCCCAGGCGCUCUCGGUCAAUUCACUUCGGUGACGUAUCCGAGGUGAACGGGCGCGAAACACAUUUUCGAUUGGACCACUUGACUCGAAACGCUUUGGCUGGGCGGAAUAAUGAGGCCUAGGGACUUGGCAAGAGCUUCUUCACUUACGCUGUAUAGUCCAUGCAUGUUUUCAGCAUCACAGAGGAGGGAAGAAAGGACAACACCUUGAUAGACAUUGUACUUGACUUCAAUAGACACAUGCCGGUUUUUUCAAAACCUGUCCUGUGGUUUUCCAAAAGCAGCACUUGCAAUUGCCAUCCUAUAUCUUAUUAGUUCACUGUCUUGGCUAGCAUUGUUGGAAAUAGUGCUUCCUAUCACAGUCGUAUCACUGCAUUAGGGCCUCUUGAUUGAUAGUUAUAGUUGUUGGCUCAGGAACUGGAUCUAGGUUUUGCAGCGGUUGGUAUAAGCACUCAGUUUUCUUGAUGUUGAACUUAGGCCAAAUUGGGAGGCAGCUUUGGUGAAGCUGUCCACCAGACUCUGAAUGUCACCAGCACUGUGGGCAACUACAGCACUAUCAUCUACAAACAGUAUUUCCCUCCCUAGGAUCUAGGUUGUGCGUGUUUUUUUGCUUUGAAAAGGGGUACAUUAAACAGAUCAGCAUUAGUACAAGUUUGGAUGAAGACACCGUCCCCAACACCGUCAAAGGCUACGUACUUUAGCAUUGCUGUUAGGUAGAGAGAGAACAGUGUCGGAGCAAGCACGCAACCUUGCUUGACAAAAUCGGUGACAGCAAAUACCUUGGAGACCUAGCUUCCUUGAUCCACAUGUGCUUGCAUUACGUUGUGCAGUGCCCUCGUCAGAUUGAUAAAUUCAGCAGUACAUCAAUACUUUCCCAACACUGUAUCAAAAUCCUUAGAGAAGUCGAUAAAAACGGCAUACAGCGGCAUGUUAUGCUCUUCACACUUCUCUUAUAACUGUCGCAAACAGAGGAUCGAUCAUAUCCACAGUGCCUCUACCACUGCGAAUACCACAUCGAGUCUCAGGCACGAUAUGGGGAACAAUGCGUUCGUUCAAUCUGUUGAGGAGUAUGCGAGCCAAGAUCUCUUCCGCUGUUGAGAGAAGAGAAAUACCUCGAUAGUUCCCACAGUCCUUUCUUCUUCCCUUCUUGAAGACUGGCACGAAAAUGCCAUCUUUCCAGUCUUUUGGUAUAUCUUGAGUUUCCCUGAUCUGCAAACUCAGUUUGUACAGGCUAGAGGCGAGUUUCACAGCCACAAUAUUUCCAGAUCUCGGCAGGUAUACCACACCUUCCAAGGGCUUUACCUUCCUUUGUUGCAUUGAUGGCAUCGAACAGUUCCUUCCUUUCAGCAUUUUCAUCAAAAAUAUCACUUUUUAACUGGCUGAUUUUUUUUUAAUGAAAGGUGUGUUGCAUUUUUUCACCAAACUAAAUUUUAGGGAUUCUCAAAAAUGUACUUGUUUUUGGGUAGCCUCCUAUGAUCUGUUCGCCUCUGCUCGCAAAGCAGGCUCCCGCGCCAACGGCGACCGGCGUUCACAGAUUGACAAACAAAUAAGUUCAACGGUCCUUUUUAAACCAAAAUUUGGAUCCCCCCAAAAAAAAAAAAAAAAAAAAAAAAAAAAAAAAAAUUAAUUAAUUACAUGAAUAAACAAAAUAAAAAAAAAAACAAAAAAACAAAAAAUUCAAGAAUUCUUGGAUCCGCCCCUGUAGAGAAAUCACGUUUUUUUUGUUUUCGGUUAUAGAUUUGUGCUUCUCUCCCGAGAGUGGAGAAUCCAGCAGAAUGGUGAAUAAUGAUCGCUAACAUCGGAAUCAAUAUUCCCACUGGUGAUGUUAUAAUCAAAUCCGUUUAAUAGGAUAAUUUCAAUAUAUAUAAUUAACGUAGCUGAAUUAUUAUGGAAACGGGUUGGUUUUAUCAAUUGUCGAAAUAAAGAAAAGCUUUGUAAUGAAAGUAGAAAAUUACGCGCAUACUGAUUGCAUUUCUCGACACCGAGUAGGUUCGUGUUGAAGUCACCCAUGAUGGGGAUCGAUUUGCUUGAGGCGAAAAGCCCUUCUUAUUUACACUAAGUUGAAGAUAAACAAAAAGUAAAUCUUUAUACAAGUUUCCUUUUCCGUAACAUGUUUCAUUUCUAAAAUACAGCAAUUUGAACUUCCGAGUUUUCACAGUGCGUGACACCAAAAUAAGAAUGCUGUCUCGUUGAAAAAAAGUCUCUCCUCUUGAUUUUCAGCAGUUCAAGUAUUAGAAGAUAUGUUUAUGCGUACGUAUGCUAGUUCUCGACUGAAAAGAAAGAGCUUUUAAAGAAAACGUGAACUCCAGAUGUUUUUGUUGAUUUCUGGCGGCCAUAUUGGUGCACCAAAACGGUACACCAAUAUGUCGUCUCCAUACAAAGCUCUACAAAGGUGCGUGAAAAGUUUCGGCAAAUAACUCAGAAACUAUGAGCCACAAAGACCUGAGACUUGGACAAAUUGUUUAUAUAUUAAGUCUUUUAUAACACUUCAUUUUCUUAGCUUCUUCCACCGGAGGGUUUCUAAUUUAAUUUUUUGUUGCGUGACAGUGAAAACGAUCUAUACUCAAUAUACUCAUUUAGUCGCACAAGUGUCCUCGACACAACACUACAUUAUUGAGCUUAUCUCAGGGGCACCCAACGAAGACUUUACUAAUACGCUGAAAGCACUUUUUAGGCUACACAGAGUACUUUUAGAUUCCUAUUGAUAAAUUCUAUAGUAAGCUGCGCUAUAAAAUUGUCACCUAUCUGUUCGGUCAUCCUCGGGGAACUUGAGUCUUUUCGAAAUUACAAGGGCUUCAGAAUUAUUUUCCCGAAAAUUUUAGAUGCAAUUUAUCGUUUUACGAAUGUGAGAAUUUUUCUGAUUCCUAUCUCAAUCACAUUUUUGAAUCCGAAGAUUUUAAGUCUCCCAUAAACAUUAUUUGGGGAGUGAAAUGUGGAAAAUUAAGCUUCAGAAAAUCGCAGGUAAUUUAUUAGAUAAGUUUCGAAAAUUGUAAAACAAUGGAACAUUCAUUUCAUCUAGACAUUUGUAGCCGUCCUCAAGCAAUAGAAAUUUCUAGGCAACAUUUACUUCUCUGAACAAAUAUUUUACAGAAAACAGUCGUUGGCCUUUGGCCAUGGGUGCCCCUGUUAGCUGGCCUUAAUUUCUAAAAAUCAACGGAAAUUCCACUUUCAUAUAGCAAUAUCUCUGUUUGGUCUAAACAAAAGGUCAAAAAGCAUUUUGACGGAGAAACAAUACAAGAAGGCCAUUUUAUGCUAAGUGCAUCAUAUCUUCUCAACUGUGCGAUAGCUGGUUCCUUUUUUUUUUAGGACAGGACAUAUUUGAAUGAAAAACAGAAAAAGCAAAUUAAAGAUAUGCCUACUCCGACGUACAUUACCCUGCUAAUAAUCUACACUCUGGAAGCAGUCCUUAUCGUCUUCGGAAACGCAUUCACGAUCUUUGUUUUCUGGACCGAGAGAUCUCGCCUAAAACGAACUUAUUUUCUUUUGAUCAACCUCGCAGUCGCCGAUUUACUUGGGGGAUUACGGAAUUUAUAAUCAUUGGAACUGCUAAAUCUCAUAAUGGAGGGGAGGGUUACGGUUUUUUGGUGCGGAGCCGAGCAAACCCGAUAGCGGCUUUUAUACUUCUCUUUUCGGGUACGUCCGUUUAUUUUCUUGCGCUUAUCUCCAUGGAACGUGCUUUCGCUGUCUUACGGCCAAUCCGUCAUCGCAUCACAAACAGUCGAGUUUACAACUGUAGCAUCGAUAUUGUUUGGGCUGUCGGCCUUGCUUUCUUUGGUUUCACCUUAUUAUCCUUCCAUUAUUCAGAUUUUGUGGGGGAAUAUGUUUUCCUCACUUUUAGGAAAUUCCUUCUUAUUUCCUUUUUGAUAAUCUGUGUAAGUUACCUAACCAUACGCACUCGAUUGCGAACACCACCACGCGCGGAGCUAGACAAUCAUAGGCAUCGAUCAAGGGAGCACAAUUUACGAUUUUCAAAAACAGUUUUUAUAGCAAUUGCUUCAUCGCUUGCGUUUUGGAUGCCUGCUUUUGUUGUCUACUCAACGAGAGAAUUUUGUCAGCGAUGCUUUACACCACUUGUGUUUUGGCUCGUGGAUGCCAUGUAUCUGGUAACUUCUAUGGUGAAUCCUCUCGUGUACAGUUUCAGAAUGCAAAUUUUGAAAGACGCGAUCCCGGAGAAAAAGACGAAAAACAUAAGACCAGUUCAGCAAUAUAAUUUGGGCUUUGGUCUGGAAGGUUCUUGUACUCCAACACUUUCGAUUCGGAAGAUUUUACCUGCCUAAAGUAGAGUAUUAACCCUGAAUGUAUAUUAUAAUUGAUCAAAUAUUAAAAGCUGUGUUGACUUGACGCGGUCAAUAAUGCCUUUGAAUUAAGCUAAGAAAAUCCGAUUGCUCAAGUGACUAAAUAAAAAGAAAAUACUAGAGAAACAUGCCAGAAAAACCACCUUAGGUUGAAACAUCCGCCUCUGUUUUUUAGUCUUCCUGCAGCCAGAAAGUAAUUGCUAUCAUAGUGAGAAACUCAACCGGGCAGAAAUGAAAGGAGAUUUUGUCUUUGCUUGUCAUCUGAAUAAACACGUGAUCGUUCAUUUUGUGAUUUCCAAGAAUCAUCACAAUGUACAGUGAAAGGACUUCAUCCACGGACGCUUUCCCCUGGCAUUUUCUCAAAGCUUUUUGAAUUUUUUUUUCGUGAUCUCCUUUUACUAGAAAUCGUUUAAGAUCAAGCAUAAAAGGGGAUUGAACAGGUUGUUAGCACACCCUUCAUACCUUAAAAGCCUGUGAGUCACCUUGCUAUCACACUUUGAUAUAAACUUUAGACACGGAAUCAAUGAUCCAGGCAUAUAAGCCUUUGUCCUCCCAAGUGGUACCUACUCUCUCAUUUUUGGGUCCUGGCCUAUGCACUAAUAUAAUUCAAUCUUUGCAUUGACGAAAUUUUGAUUUGCCAAAGAAAUCUUAAAACACAGAGGGAAAGGUUAUUCUGUUCUUCAGGACACCGACUUCAUACCCCAGUGAAUCAAAGCUGUAGUAUGUUAUUAUCGCAUAAGACGCAAAAAAUCGUGUUUACUUACACCUGCUGUUAAGAAUUUAAAUUCUUCCAAAACCUUGGGGCAUAUGUGAAAGGAAGUUAUAUCCACCUUUAAUUCCGAGUUCCAAAAAUCCUGACUUUCAAAAUGAGGCCAAGUGCACAACCUUUCUUGUGGAAAUGAGUUUUAUUUGCAUGAGGAUGAAAAAUCAUUUCCAUAUCAAAGGCUGAGCACUUAACCUCGUUUUGAUACAGAGGCCCGGGUGAACUCGGUAAUGGACUAUUGAUUCAGGUGCGACAUCUCACAUUAAUCGAAUAUCCUCGACACAACGCAGCUAUUGGAAGCUUAUCGAACUAAAGAUCAGCGGCACCUGUAUUUCCAUGAUUUCCUUACUAGUCUAGUCUACAUAGAAAUAAUACAUAAACAACAUUUAUAUGCUGAGUUCAUCAUAUCUUUUCAACUGUGCAUGUAAGAGCUGUUUCGCGACUGCUGGGAUAAAUUGGCAAGAGAACGAGCAGGGACAUGCCUACUUCAACGUACAUUACCCUCGUGGUCAUCUACACAGUACAAGGAAUCAUUAUUAUCGUUGGAAACGCGUUCACUAUCUUCGUCUUUUGGACCCAGAGAUCCCGCCUAACGCGUACUUAUUUCCUUCUGGUCAACCUCGCAGUCGCUGAUUUUCUUGUGGGGUUUACAGAACUUAUUGUCAUAGGAACGGUGAAAUUUCAAGAUACUGGGCAGGGUUACGCAGGCGGUGUAUUAUGGCAGAGCCGAUCAAAUCUCUCAGCGGCAUUUUUUAUGCUUUUUUCGAAUUCGUCCGUUUAUUUUCUCGCCCUUGUCUCCUUGGAACGAGCAUUCGCCGUCUUGUGGCCAAUCCGUCAUCGCAUUACAAACAGUCGGGUUUACAUCUAUAGCAUCGUUAUUGUUUGGGUCGUCGGUCUUGUUUUCUUUGGUUUUAUCGUAUUAUCCUUCCAUUUGUCAGCAGCAGAGGAGGAAUACGUUUUUCUCGCGAGUAGGAUAUGCCUUCUUAUUUCCAUCUUGAUAAUUUGUGGAAGUUACCUUAGCAUACGUACUCGAUUGCGCGCAACAUCAUCGGCCACGGUAGACAAUCAUAAGCAGGGAUCAAGGGAGCACAAUUUGCGGCUUGCAAAAACACUUUAUAUCACAAUUGCUUCAUCGCUUGUGUUUUGGAUGCCUGGUUUUGUCGUCUACUCAACGAGAGGAUUCUGUCCUAGCUGUUUUUCUACACCACAGGUUUUUUGGCUCGUGGAUGCCAUGUAUAUGGCAAAUUCUAUGGUGAACCCUCUCGUCUACAGUUUCAGAAUGCAAAUUUUCAAGGACGCUUUAAAUAAAUUCCGGAGAAAAAGACGACAGAACGUA